AUGGUUGACUCGACGCCGCCAACCAGAAUCCAACCAGGAGCGGAACGCCCCAAACAAAACCCAACUCAUUUUCAGCUCGCGGAACGGGCGGCCUCUAGCAGAGUCCCAGUCCUCUCGCUUUCUCACCGCGAUUCGCCUCGCUUCCAUCCGAUUCUCUUCGGGAGCCAGAGGGAGAGAGAGAGGAGAGGUAAGGUAGUCAUGCCGCUGGCUGAGCCGCCCCAGUGGCGCCGCAAGGCCACGGAUUUCUUCUCCACAUCCAGUGUCAAGCUGAAGCAGGCAGGGCAAUCAGCCGGGGAUAAUAUAGCUGAUGUUGCUGGGAAGGUUGGGUCCGUGGUGAAGAGUCGGUGGUCUGUCUUCCAGGAGGCUAGGCAGCAGCAGCAGCAGCAACGUCCACCACAUGAGACAGUGCAAGAGCGUAUCAUCACUGCUGCUGCCUCCACUGGUUUGCUUUUCAGGAAAGGCAUUUCAGAGACAAAGGAGAAGGUUGCAGUGGGAAAGAUCAAAGUUGAAGAGGGAGUCGCAAGCACUGAUGUGUUUGGUGUUCCUAUUGAAGCCACUGUACAACGAGAGCAAUCUGGUAAAGCUGUGCCCUUGGUGCUAGUGAGAUGUGCAGACUACCUGGUUAUAUCAGGUUUGAAUAAUGAGUACUUAUUCAAAUCUGAAGGUGACAAAAAAGUUCUUCAGCAGUUAGUUUCCCUUUACAAUGAAGACUCUGGCUCAUCUUUACCUGAAGGUGUAAAUCCUAUUGAUGUAGGUGCAUUGGUGAAGUGCUACCUUGCCAGUAUCCCUGAGCCGCUUACUACAUUUUUGCUUUAUGAUGAGCUUCGAGCUGCGAGGGUUAGCAUUCCUGAUCUUAGGAACAUAUUGAAGAAGCUUCCAAAUGUGAACUACAUGACACUAGAGUUUAUUACAGCGUUGCUGCUUCGAGUCAGCCGUAAAUCAUCACUUAACAAGAUGGACUCCCGCAGCCUUGCUGUGGAAUUUGCGCCUUUGAUCAUGUGGCGGCAAGGUGAUGCUGGCACAGAUUUGCGUAACCACCUCAAGUUUACCCUGAAACCUCCUCCAAAAAUUGUGGAUACAACAUCAAAUACUGCCACAUGGGACCUGUUAGACGAGGAUGACGAGGAUGCUUCAUCCCAGAUCCCCUUGGACGAUGCUUCACCCCCAGACUACAGCUCCAUUGAGGUCAUCCAGUGUCUGAUCGCGCAUCACAAUGCCAUCUUCACCGACUUAAAUGAAACCGUGUGGAGAUGA